CUUCAUCGGAACUUGCAUAUUGACAUUGAUAUCGCUCCCUACCUUACAUUAAAACGUACUUCCAAGUAAACUACUCACCUAAGCUACCUACUCGGAAACAAUGGCCGGACACCCAGACCGCCACUCACCGCACCGCGGAGGAUUCACCCCGAGAGGGAGAGGGGGAGGAACUGGGGGAGGCAGAGGGGAAGGUGCCGGUACAACGCGGCCAGGACCCAUACCGCCAUGGUUAGAACGAGCGCGAAGGCGCUUGGCAAGGGAAGAUGAUUAUGUGCCAUCCCCAGCACCGCCAGUUCCAUCACCGAUACCCAGGCCGGCACCAGCACCCACACCGGCACCCACACGACUACCCGCAGCUAUCCCGGUACCAUGGCCUCCAUGGAAUAGACCAAGACAAACGACAGUAUUACCAACCAACUUGGGCGGAUUUACUUCUUUCCCGUCAUCUCGUUAUGCGUUGCCAUUUCCAGCUCCAUUUCCAUUUCCAUUUUCAGCACCAGCACCAGCACCAGCACCAGCACCAGCACCAGCACCAGCACCAGCACCAGCUCCAGCACCAGCUCCAGCUCCGCCUCAACCUCCUGUACCGGCACCACAGCCUCCACAGGAAGAUCCACAGGAUACGAGUAUAAUGCCUCCGCUGGCCGACUUCUUCUAUCGAUUCAGUAACGGAUUUGCCGUAGUCCGAAACCGCCAGCCGCGUGAAAUCUGCGGUUUGCGAGCUAUCGUCGACAGCAUGUCUUUCCAGAGGAUCCUCUCUGACGCAGGCAGAGCCCAGGUGCCAAGCUACUCCGAGCUGAUGGAUAUAUACCGCCAGGAGCUGGCUCGGGGCCGGUAUAGGCUGGUGUUCCAGAUCCAUCCCGAGGACGAGUUCGCGGGCGGUCCUUAUCAGGCGGAAAUCCUGUCGGACGUCUUGACCCUGUGGGGCCGCCAGCACCCAGACCUCCCGCCUCUGGUGCUCGGCUUUUACGAGCAGGGCGACCGGCCGUUCGCGCUGACUGCCUCGCAGCAGAAUUCUCGCAUCGUCUGGAUUUACAACUCGGGCAAUCACUGGGAAGGCAUCAGAGCGUGGAGGAACAACGCGUCCAUUAGCAGACUGUUCAGGCAGUACGGCGCUGAGCUGUUCCAGAACGAGGCCGCGCCGGAGUGGUUUAUCGCGCUGAUCCGACAGAGAGAGGAACGUAUUAAGGCACCAGUUUGGUAUCCUGAUCCAGGUAACGUUCGUCGUGCUCCAGCGGCCAUUCGUUUUGGAAAUAUAGUAUGGGGCGGUCGUGAUGCUGGUGGGCCUAGUGAUGAGGAUGAAGAUGAUGAUGAUGCGGAUGCUUGGGGUGAGUAUCUAUCCUAG